GGCGGCGGACGGGGGCGGUCGCGCGGCGCAGCGCAGGGCGCUGCGGUGGGAGUGUCUGCGGCCAGUCUGCAGGUGCGGCCAGGCCCCUGGGGAGGGCGGGUAGGGCUCGGCAGGUGCCCUGGGGAGGGGCCGGAGGGCCUAGGACGGCCGGCUAGAAUGAGUUGCUUCCUCCCCGCUGAAGACCCGGGGCCGGGCUGGGGCCCGCGCGGCUCGGCACUGCAACCAGUCUCCUCCUGUCCAGUCUGUCGCUCUCAGAUUAUGUAGCUCUGCAAAUGGAAAUUUAGGUCUGAGUCUACAUGUGCAAACUGGUUUGAGUGACUUGGUAUGUGACUUUUAAAAAUGGAAUGUAACCUCUAUCAAGGGAUGAAUUAGGAAGGACACCUACUGAAACUUUAAACCCUGGCGCUGGUGUCAUGGAAUCAGUCACCUUGGAGGAUGUGGCGGUGGGGCUUAUUGGGGAGUGGGCGUUGCUGGACGACGCACGGAGGAACCUGUGCAGAUACGUGCUUCUGGACAACUGCUGGACUCUGGCCCCCAGGGCAGGGACUCCACCAUGCAAAGCCAGUCUGGUCUCUCAGGUGGGGCCAAGAGAAGAGCUGAGGGCAGCAGAACGAGGCAUUCUCUGUGCCACGGGUGUGGACUGGGAAUCUACACUUAAACCCAAAGAGUCUACUCCUCUGCAGGAUAUUUUGGAGGACGGUUUGCAAAUGGGGCUGGGGCUGGACCUGGGGAUGCAGAUCAAGCCUGUGAUGGGAGAGAGGGAGACACCUCCGACCCCAGAGGACCGGUCAGCUCUUCAGGAAUCACCGUGGUCUUCUGAAUACACAGGCCUGAAGGUGGCUGUGCAGAUUCAGAGCUUGGUCACGCUGGAGCCUGUGCUGGGCCUUCCCAACCUGCGGGGGGCCGGGGGUUCUGCUCUGCCUGCUCAGGACCCUGCCUGGCUCCAGGAGGACACCACAGAGGAGGAAACUGUGGCUUCUGGGGGACUGACCGCCUGUCUGCAGGAACCAGUCACCUUUGCGGAUGUGGCUGUGCUGUUCACAGCGGAAGAAUGGCUGUUUCUAGACUCUGCUCAGAGAAACCUGUACAGAGACGUGAUGCUGGAGAACUAUAGGAACCUGGCCUCUGUGGCAGGAGAUCAACUCUGCAAAGCCAGUACAUUUUCCCAUUUGGAGCAAAGAGAAGAGCUGUGCAUCACUGAGAGAGGUAUCUUCCCAGGAGCCCACUUAGAACCUCAACUUCAACCCCAAGACUCAAUUACUAACCAGGAUAUUUUUGCAGAGAUUCCAUCCAUUGGCAUGAAAAGGGAGCAACCUCAGACUGGAGAAAAGCUCUAUAAAUACAAUGAACUGCGGAAGCCCUUUAACAGCAUCAAACCACUUUUUCAGUACCAGAGAAUUCCUGCUGGAGGGAACCCCUAUGAAUGCCAAGAGAGUGGAAAAUCCUUCUUCCAGACUGCUCACUUAAUCGUGCCUGAGAAAAUCCAUAGCGGGGAUAAAACCUAUGCAUGUAACAAAUGUGAAAAAUCGUUCAGGUACAGCUCCGACCUCAUCAGGCAUGAGAAGACUCACACAGCAGAGAAGUGCUUUGAGUGUCAGGAGUGCAGGCAGGCCUUCAAGUAUUCCUCGAAUCUGCGGAGGCACAUGAGAACGCACACUGGAGAGAAACCCUUCGAGUGCAGUCAGUGUGGGAAAACCUUCACGAGGAACUUUAACCUGAUCUUGCACCAGAGAAACCACACGGGCGAGAAGCCCUAUGCGUGUAAGGACUGUGGGAAAGCUUUCAACCAGCCAUCCUCUCUGAGGAGCCACGUGAGAACUCACACUGGAGAGAAGCCCUUUGAAUGUGGCCAGUGUGGGAAAGCCUUCAGGGAACACUCGUCGCUGAAGACACACCUGCGGACCCACACCAGAGAGAAACCUUAUGAAUGUAACCAGUGUGGGAAGCCCUUCCGGACUAGCACUCACCUGAACGUACACAAGAGGAUACACACGGGGGAGAAGCUUUAUGAGUGCGCCACUUGUGGGCAGGUCUUGAGUCGUCUUUCGACUCUGAAGAGUCACAUGCGGACCCACACGGGAGAGAAGCCCUACACAUGUCAGGAGUGUGGACGAGCCUUCAGUGAGCCCUCGUCCCUCAGGAAACACGUGAGGACCCACACCGGCAAGAAGCCCUAUGCGUGUCAGGAGUGUGGGCGAGCCUUUGGCCAGUCUUCACACCUUAUCGUACACGUGAGAACCCAUACUGCGGGGAGACCCUACGAAUGCAAUCAGUGUGAGAAAGCCUUCAGGCAUAGCUCUUCACUUACUGUGCAUAAGAGGACUCAUGCUGGGAGAGAAAAUGUCAGGACUGGUGGCUUGCCUUUAUCAGUGUCUCUUCCGUAUGGUGGGCCCCUUGUGGAUUAACUUCCAAUUUGUAAAAACGUAAACAUCCAAGGCUGUAAUCAUCCCUCAUAGUACUUGUUUAGGGACAUCCCAUGUUUCAAUGUAGAAUAUCUUCAUUUUGGUUUAAUUCUCCAUAUUGUCUUAGUUUCCAUUAUCACAUUCUUUGACACAUGAGUUAAAUGGAAUUAGAUUUUUAAAUAACAGUACAUGGGUAUAUUUUUAUAGAGGUAUAAUUAUAGUGAAAUACAUAAAUUUUAAGUGUACAGUUGGAUGUGUUUCAUAGAUGUAUACUUAUGUGUAAUCAACACACCAUUCAAGAUAUAGACUAUUUCUAUCAUUCUGGAAAGUUCCUGCAUGUAUAUGGAUGUUUCUUUUUAGUUGUCUUUUUGUUGUUGAUUUCUAGUUUAAUUACACUCUUAGCAGAGUGUGUGGUCUUUAUGUUGUUGAAUGUUAAGUAUUUGUGGAGAUUUGCUUUUAGGUCUAGUGUGGCAUGUCCUGUUAGUUGCCUACCAAAAUUGCCCCUUCUUACUUACAAAAGCAGCUAGAUUUUUUUGUUCAGAUUGGGACUGUGCACUGUUUGUUUUUUUUUUUUUUUUUUGGGUCUUCAAACAACAGAAUUUUAUUCUCUCACAGUUUCUGAGGGCAGAAGUUGACAUCAAGGUGUCAGCAGGGCCACACUCCCUCUAAAGGCUCUAGGGGAGGAGGCUUCCUUGCCUCUUGCAGCUUCUGGCGGCUCCAGGCAGCCCUUGGCUUGUGGCAGCAUCCCUCCCAGCUCUGCCUCCAUCUUCAAAUGGGCUUCUCCUCUGUGUGUCUAUGUCUUCUCCUCUUCUGUUUCUUAUAAGGACAAUUGCCAUUGGAUUUAAGGCCCAUCCAGAUAUCCAGGACGAUCUCAUCUCGAGAUCUUUAUUUUAAUUACAUCUGCAAAGACCCUUUUCCAAAUCAGAUCACAUCCAUAGUUUCUGGGUAGACAUAUCUUUUUUUGGGGGGGGGGCAUCAUUCAAACCACUGCACCAUUAGGGAAUGUGAGCUAUUAAAACACCUCCAUCUUCCUGUCCUUCUUGCCACCAGGGGAGGCUACAUUCUCUAGUCCUGGCCAGUAUGAGAUGCCACUGGGUGCAAGUCCUGGGAAAGAUGUUGCAAAGGAAUGGUCUCAUUUAGCCAGAUCCCUCUCCCUUCUUGCCUUUUGUACAAGGAGACACUGUGUCCAGGGCUAGAGGAGCCAUCCUGUGACCAUGAGGGUGAAAGCCACAGGCUAAAGAGAGUGUGGCCAGAAGUCACAACCAUCUGGUUCCCCAGUUGGUAUCCUUGUGUGGCUGUACUAGCCCUGGAUUGUUUAUUUCUGGACAUCCUGUUACAGAAAAAAAAGAUGCACUUCUUACUGGUACAUGACAUUGUCCUUUUUGGGGGGAGUCGUGGGGGCGGGCAGGGAUGAGUGUGUUAUGGUUGAAUGCAGUCUGUAACUGAUGUGCUUAGUAUAUGGUCAGUUUUUAUAAAUGCUUUGUGGAUGGUCGAAAUCUAAUGUAUUGUAUUCUAUAUAUGUCCACCAGGUGGAGCAUACUAUUUGUGUUUAAAAGUCUUUUACACAUUUUAAAAUAUUGAUCUCUGUCUUAGCUCAGGCUGCUAUAAUAAAAAUACUAUUGACUGGGUAACUUAUAAACAACAGAAAUUUAUUUCUCACAGUUCUCAAGGCUGGAAGUCCAAGAUCAAGGCUGGCAGGUUUGAUGUCUGGUGAGGGCCUGCUUCCUGGUUCAUAGAUGGCCAUCUUCUUGCUGUGUCCUCAUGUGGUGGAAGGGGAGCGAGAGAGCUCUUCAGGGUCUCUUUUGUAAAGGCACUGAUCCCAUUCAUGAGGCCUCCAUCCCCGUAACCUAGUUACCUCCCAAGGGCCCUGCCUCCUAAUACCAUCCCCUUGGGGGUUAGGCUUCAGCAUGUGCCUUUUGGGGAGCGCAUUCAGUCCUUAGCAGUUUCUGAUCUGUCUUUUACUGAGAAAGCUGCAUUAACCUCUCCCGCCGUAAGUAUGGGUUGCUGAAUAAGUCUUGUAACUCUGUCAGUUUUAAAUUUCAUAUAUUUUGAAGCAAUGGAAUUAUGUGAAAAGAUUUUUGACAUUUUAUAAGAUAAUUAUUCCCUUU